AUGGCCGAAAGUGGCCCGCCGGCACCUUCUCGGUUGAAAAAUUUAGAAGAAUUAUAUUUGGACGGACCCAGUAGGCAAAAUGAUGUUUUGUCUUUUGAAACACUCAUCGGUAAGUUUUUUUUUCUAUUUGAACUUUAUAUUUUUCUAUAUAUCUAAUUAUCGAUUUUAUUUUUGAAAAAGGAUACAUAAACCUGUUUACCUGAGGGACACGAUCAUGUUUUUUCCGCUUCUUAAUUUAUUUAAUUUUAUUGAAAAAAGAUAACAUUUCUUUGAGGUUUGAAUUUGAUAAGAACGAAGUUAGUAUAUUUGAUAAAAAUAUUUUGAAAAAAAAACCAAUUAGCAAAGAAUUAGUCAUAGAAAAUAUUCUUCCGAAAGUAAACACUAAUAAUCUUUCAGAUUCGUUAAUUUGUUUAUAUGAUGAAUGUUGCAAUAGUACUCUUCGAAAAGAAAAAUGUAUUGCCGAAUUCGUCGACACAGUCAAAUCGGUUAUUCAAAAAGCGAAAGCUCUUCGACUAAAUCGAGAUGAUUUUGAGGUUUUGAAAGUUAUCGGAAAAGGUGCAUUCGGUGAAGUUGCGGUUGUAAGAAUGAGAGGAACUGGUGAAAUUUAUGCAAUGAAAAUAUUGAAUAAAUGGGAAAUGGUGAAACGAGCUGAAACUGCUUGUUUUCGAGAAGAAAGAGAUGUUUUAGUAUAUGGAGAUCGAAGAUGGAUAACUAAUUUACAUUAUGCAUUUCAAGAUGAGAAAAAUUUGGUGAGUUGAGAAUUCGUUAUACCGGAAAUAAUGUUUUAAAUUUUGGUUUUCUUAUCUUUUGUUUAUUUUUCGAAAAUAAUCCUGUACAGGAAAAAAACAACAAUUUUGUUUCAUUUCAAACAAUCUUUUUGUUUUUUCCUAUGAUUCAUGUUUCUAAAAACAUUUUUUCAGUAUUUUGUGAUGGAUUAUUACAUUGGUGGAGAUAUGCUAACUCUUCUCUCAAAGUUCGUCGACCAUAUUCCUGAAUCAAUGGCCAAAUUUUAUAUCGCUGAAAUGGUUCUCGCAAUUGAUUCAUUGCAUAAACUUGGCUAUGUUCAUCGUGAUGUAAAACCUGAUAAUGUAUUGCUUGAUAUGCAGGGACAUAUUCGAUUGGCUGAUUUCGGAAGUUGUUUGAAAUUAUUACCUGAUGGUUAGUCAACAAAUAUUUUCUAAAUUUCAAAAACGAAAUUUGAGCGAAAAAAAUUCUAAAAAUGAAUUUUCAAUUUCACGUAAAUUUUUUCUAGCGAAAAAUCUCCCAUUUCAAAAAUAUUACUUUAAAUAAAUCAUUUCUCAAUUUCUUGCGUUUUAGGAAGUGUUGCUUCAAAUGUUGCUGUCGGAACUCCUGAUUAUAUUUCACCCGAAAUUCUUCGUGCAAUGGAAGACGGAAAAGGUCGAUAUGGAAAAGAAUGCGAUUGGUGGUCUUUGGGUAUUUGUAUGUAUGAAAUGCUUUAUGGAACAACACCAUUCUAUUCCGAAAGACUUGUUGACACUUAUGGAAAGAUUAUGAGCCAUCAAGAUAUGCUCGAUUUUCCCGAUGAUGAAAUUGAUUGGGUUGUUUCGGAAGAAGCGAAAGAUUUGAUUCGACAAUUAAUUUGUUCGAGAGAAGUUCGAUUUGGAAGAAAUGGUCUGGAAGAUUUCAGAAAACACGCUUUCUUCGAAGGAAUUGAUUGGAAUACUAUCAGAGAUUGUUAGUUUUAUUUUUGUUGUUUUUAUUUUAAAAAAUAAUAUUAAUUUUCAGCAUCUCCACCAUAUAAGCCUGAAGUUUCGAGCCCAGAAGAUACGUCGAAUUUUGACGUUGAAGUUUGUGAGGAUGAUUUUACUCCUUGUGUAAGUUUUUCUUUUCAAAAUUCUUAAAAUAAAAUGAAAAUAUUUCAGGAAACUCAACCACCUCGAGUUCUCGCCGCUUUCACAGGAAAUCAUCUUCCAUUUGUUGGAUUUUCUUAUACUCAUGGUUCGAUGCUUUCUGAUGCAUGUUCUCUCAAAUCUUCGUUACCCUCUUCUUCUAAUUCAAAAACAUCUGAAACUGAAAAAUCUUCAUGUUCAGAAGAAACGCUUGUUCGACUCGAAGCUGAAAAAGCUGAGCUGCAGAGGAAAUUGGCGGAAGCGCAAACACAAAUUACGAAUGAAAAUCAAAAAAGCGAAGAAGAACGAAAUUAUGAAGCGAUGAUUGCUCAACUUCGAGAUGAAAUUCAAAUUUUGAAUAGAAGAUUGGAAGAUGAACAAAGUGCACAAUUACAAAAACCGAAAGAUCAAGCUGAAAGUGAGAAAAAAUCGAAAGAAUUAAAAGAAAGAAUAAAACAAUUGGCAUUGGAAAAAGGAGAAUUACAAAGAGAAAUGGAAAAUUUGAAUGAUCAUGUUGAUCAAUUGACAUCUGAAAAAUCAAUUAUUUUGAGACAAAGAGAUGAAAUUCAAAUUGAACUCAAGGAAAUUAAUGAUAUAAGUGAAGCUGAAAAAGAAAAACUGGUGAAAAAUGUGAAUGAACUCGAGAAGAAAUUGAAAACAAUUGAGGAGGAAAAUUCAGCACUACUGAAAAGUAAGUUAGAGUUUUUUGCCGGAAACAUUAUGUAAAAUAUUAUUUCAGAGCAAGAAGAAUUCCGAGCCGAAGCACGAAAAUCAGUUGAACUUUCAAAAGCCGAAGAAUCUGAAGAAGUAUUAAAUGCGAAGAAAAAUAUUGCAACAUUACAAACUUUGAAUGAAGAAAAAGAAAACGAAAUCAAAAAAUUGAAAGAAACACUUGAAGAAGAACGAGCGAAAUUAAUAUCUCAAACCGAAUUAGAAGUGAAGCAAGUUGAGGUAAAUUUAUUAAACUUUAUUGGCCUUUUCAAUUAAAAACAAAGAAUGUUUCAGACUCACUACGAAAGAGUUCAAAAAACACUUCAAGAUAAUGUUGAACAAUUGAAUAUCGAAAAUAGUGGAUUACGGGAAGAAAACGAAAAACUUGCGACACAAAUGUGAGUUUCUUUUUCUAGAUUUUUUUUUCAUGGUUAUAACUGUUCGAAUUUCAGUGCGAAUAUUCCACGUGGUGGAAAUUUGACUGAACAACAGUUGUUGGAAGUAUUUAAUUGGGUUAAUGAAGAAAAAGCAACAAGAGAAGAAAUGGAGAAUUUGACCAGAAAAAUCACAGGAGAAGUUGAAUCUCUGAAACAAAAUUCGCCAUUAACAACAAGCAAUUAUAUUCAAAAUACACCAUCUGGAUGGGGAUCUCGAAGAAGUCAUAAUGUAAGUUAUUUUUGUUUGGAAAGGGGCAAAAAAAUGUGCAUCGAAGUAUAUUAACAUUUUUCAUUUCUUUUUAUUUAACAGGUUGCUCGAAAAGAUGGAUUAGAUCUUCAACGUCAACUUCAAGCGGAAAUAGAUGCGAAAUUGAAACUGAAAAGUGAAUUGAAAUCUACAAGAGAACAAUUUUUGACUGCAAAUGCUCGACUCGAAGAUACUGAAAAACGAUUAGCUUCUGUUAUGAGAGAAGUUUCGAUAUUGAAAGCGAAAAAUGAUGCGAUUUCAGCAGUUUCAGAAAGUCAAUGUGGGUUUUUCUAACAUUUUGAUUGCUUUUUUAUUGGAAUUUGAAAUUUCAAUACGACGAAUUUUCAAAAAAAGGUUUCAUUAUUUGCAAUAUAAAAUUAAAUUUCAGUUUCGUCGACAAUUUCUCGAGAUCUUAUGAUAACAAAUUUGAAUAAUGAAUAUGAAAUGUCAAAUAGUUCACUACUUCGACAAGAAAUGAUAUCUCGACAAUCAAAUAAUACAACACCAUCUUAUGAAAAUGCAAUUCUUCUUCAUGAUCAUCAAGCUCCAAAACGUGUUAUUGAUGAUCUUCGAUAUAAACAAAAACCAAUUAAAAUGGCUUCAAGUAGCACAAUUUAUGAUCAAACACUACAACAACCACGUGGACAUUCAUUUGAACGAGCAAAAAUUCGAACACCAACAAAAUGUGGACAUUGUACAUCAAUACUUAUUGGAAUGGAUCGACAGGGUUUCUUUUGUCAAGCAUGUCAAUAUGCUUGUCAUGUUGCUUGUGCUGAAAGAGUUUCUCAAAAUUGUCCAGUUCCAGAAGAAGAUCGAAGACCUUUAGGUAUUGAUCCAACAAGAGGAGUUGGAACUGCUUAUGAAGGAUUAGUUAAAACGCCAAGAAAUGGAGGUGUUAGAAAGGUUUGUCAGAUUCUUUUUGAUAGAAAUUAAAAUCAGAUUUAUUAUUUAAUUUUGAAAACCUGUUCAAUUGAUAUGUUCAAAAGCCGAUAUUUUUGCAGGGAUGGCAAACAGCUUAUGUUGUUGUCUGCGAUUUCAAACUUUACCUUUAUGAUUGCACAGUUGAUCGACAAAAUAAAAUGCAAGAUGUGAAAAAUGAAAUCAAAUUGGUUUUGGAUAUGAGAGAUGCCGAUUUCACUGUUUGUGGAGUUAGCGAAGCUGAUGUAAUCCAUGCUCAAAAAUCAGACAUAUCAAAAAUCUUCCGAGUAACAACAACACAAAUAUUGAAUUCAUCAUCUGAAUAUUCGUCAUCAUCAAAGUUUUAUACAUUAUUUAUGGCUGAAACUGAAGAAGAAAAAAGAAAAUGGGUUGUUGCUUUGAGUGAAUUGAAAACACUUUUAAGACGAUCAAAAUUAGCUGAUAGACGAGCUUUUCUAGUCAAAGAAGUUUUUGAUGUAACAUCACUUCCAUCAAUUCGAGCUGCUCAAUGUUGUGCAAUUAUUGAUCGAUCGAAAAUUGUUAUCGGAUUUGCUGAUCAUGGUUUAUAUUGUGUUGAAAUAAAUCGACAAAUUCUUGUGCCUGUUGGAGGAGAAAAAGAAAAUAAACAAAGAUGUGUUGAAAGUGUUGAAUAUGAUGAACAAGAACAAUUAUUAAUGAUGAUGGUUGGACCAAGUAAAGAUCGACAUAUUCGGUAAGACUUGUUUCCUUCCUUUUAUUUAUUUAGUUAUUGAUUUUUUCAGAAUUGUUCCAAGUGCUGCUCUUGAUGGUAGAGAUUUAAAAUGGAUCAAAGUAAAUGAUACAAAAGGUUGUCACUUACUUGCGGUUUCUGCAAAUCCUUCUGGCUCGCAACAAAAAACAAGCUUUUUCGCUGUGGCUUUCAAGAAAAGUGUAACCAUUUUCCAAAUUGAUCGAUCUGAAAAACGACACAAAAAAUGGAAAGAUUUGGCAAUGCCUGGAACACCGCAGUAUAUAAGCAUAUCAAAUGGUCGAUUAUUUGUUGGUUUUCCACAUAGUUUUAGAAGUUGGUCAUUGACAGUUAAUGAAUCAUCACCAAUUCCUGGAAAUGAACAAGCGGCUGUUUUACAACAUAUUUGUAAGUUUAUACGGCUUACAUUAUUCGUACAGGAUUGUGAAAUCCAAAAAUUAAACAUUUAUUUCUCAACAAAAAAUUGAGCGGAAAAAUCAAAAAUUAUAUUUUUCAGCACUAGUCAACAUGGAAGAUACCUCUCUCCAAUUCCUGAAUCAACAAACAUCAUACGAAGCAAAAUUGAUAAUAAAUGUACCCGGUUCUCCAGAUGAAUAUCUUCUAGUUUUCAAUGUCAUUGGAUUAUAUGUAAAUGAACAAGGAAGACGUUCUCGAAUGCCAGAAAUUAUGUUCCCAGCCAAUUCGAAAUAUUUCAGCUAUCACGAACCAUAUUUAUGUGUUUUUUCGGAGAGUGAGGUAAAUGAUUAUUAUCAAGAACACACCUCGGCCAAGCCGUGGCUGGCCAGAGUACAAUUUUUUGAAAAAUCUGAAUUUCAGUUUUUAGAGGUCAAAAAUUGAAAAAUCACAAUUUUAGAGGACAAAAACUGAAAAAUUCACAAUUUUUGUACUGUAAAAAGUUAGCGUACAAUUUUUUAUUGUGGAAACCACGAUUUUGGCCGAGGUGUGAUAAAGAAAAAUACGAACAUUUUAUUUAUUAUACAAAUAUUAUUACAGAUUGAUAUAUUCAAUGUGA